AUGGCGACUUUUACCUGCCGAAUACAAUAUUUAGAUGAUAGGGAUCCAUUUUCUAAUACUAAUUUUCCUGAACCGACUAGACCGCCAUGUUAUACCUUUUUAACGGCCCAGCUUUUAAUCAACCAAGUAGCUGGAGCACAUAAAUUAUUGAAAGCUCCACACCAGCUAGAGGAUUGUGCCUUACAAAUUUAUCGCUAUCACAGUGGAGCUGCACAAGGUGAAUUCGGAACAUAUUUGGAUUUAGAAUCGAGUAUAGAUGAACAGGCUGAGGAUCUCGAAGGUUUCCAAGCAGAGAGAAAGAAUACUCUUAUUUUAAGAACACAGUUGACAGUGAGAGUUCAUGCUAUAAUAGAGAAAUUAUUAAAUUCAAGUGGAAGAGAUUUAAGAAGAGCCUUGUUUUCAUUAAAACAGAUCUUUCAGGAGGAUAAAGAUUUAGUUCAUGAGUUUGUAAAUAAUGAUGGUUUGGAUUGUCUUAUUAAAGUUGGGGCAGAUGCUGAACAAGGCUAUCAAAAUUAUAUACUUCGAGCCUUGGGACAGGUUAUGCUGUACAUUGAUGGAAUGGAAGGGGUCAUCAGACACAAUGCUACCAUACAGUGGUUAUAUUCACUUUUGGCUGCAAAGGGUCGGCUAGUUAUUAAAACAGCAUUAAAGUUAUUACUAGUGUUUGUAGAAUAUACAGAAUCUAACACUACUCAGUUAUUAAAAGCUAUAGCUGCUGUAGAUUGUAAAAGAGGAGGUCGUCCAUGGAUUAAUAUUAUCAAUAUUUUGGAUGAAAAAGAUGGAAGUGAUUCGGAAUUGUUGGUUUAUGCCAUGACUCUUGUCAAUAAGGUUCUAGGUGCUGUUCCUGACCAAGAUACUUUCUAUGACAUUGCGGAUGCUCUAGAAGAAUUGGGUAUGGAAAGAAUAACACAGAAACAUAUGACUAAAAAUGGAGCUGAUUUAGAUCUUCUUGCCCAGUUCCAGUUAUAUGAUUCUGCCUUGAAGUGCGAGGAUGGAGAAAGUCAGAAAAUUGGACCAACAGAACACCUCAGUGAUGAUGUACAGAGAAAGAGUCGAAGAAGUCUUGGAUCUGGCCAACAGAAAAUGUCGAAAUCUCUAAGCACACCAAUCUUACCUCCAACAGAGGAGAAAUUUCCUCCACCUCGAACUAGGAACAACAGAAGAUCUUUACCAGCCGAUAUGCAACAACCAGAACAGUUCAAUGGUGGUCAAUGUAAUAAAGCAUGUUUAUUAACAGAUUCUAACGUGACUAGAAGAGACAGACGUGAACGCCAACGAAAUUUAAUCAAAGAACAGCAACAAUUUGUAGGUUUAUCGCGAACUAAUUACCCUAAUAAACAAGAGAUGGGAAUGAAUCAGUUAAAUGAGUCUGGAUAUCAGAGUUUUGAUCAGAAUUCUCUUGAUUCUCGUAACAACACCAUUAAUGACAGUCAUAAUCGUAAACUGAUGGACAAUAAUCGAUUUAAUCAAUCACGAGAUGACCGAUUUGAUAAUAACCGAUUACGAAAUCACGAGGAACAGUUCAACGGUCAGGUACCGCCCAAUAAAAAACCAGGAUUUAAUUUACAUAAAGAAGGGACAGUGUCUGAUGUGAAAAAUCGGUUCGCGAAUAAAGGUGAGGAAUUGAAAAUUCCGUUAGAAACUGGCCAUCCCAGGGGUGACUCUACUGGGUUGAUCGGAAAAGCUAAGGAUGGGUUAAACAAAAAUUCUGCUCCUGGUCAAAAACAAGCAGAACCGUUAGUUCAAAAGGUACCAGAACCGAAAAAGACUGAGAGUGAUAUGCAAUGGGAGAGAAUUGCCAGACGGUUAAAAAGACCUCUGAAAUUAAAAGAUAUGGAUUUCACUGACUUGAAAGAUGAAGAUGAUCAAGAUCUGUUCGAACCCCCUAAGAUGGAAAUUGAAGGUAUUCCCCUACCCCCUGGAGGAAUGCCCCCACCACCGCCUCCAAUGGGAGGAAUGCCCCCUCCACCACCUCUUCCACCUGGAAUGGGUCCCCCACCCCCACCACCUCCCGGGUUAGGAGUUCCCCCACCGCCUGGUUGCCCAUCUCCAACUCCACAAAUAACUGGUCCACCUCCCCCUGGGGCUAAUCUACCAAAAAAUAAGAAAACAAUCAAAGUUCAUUGGAAGACUGUUCCUGGAGAUCCCACUAUUAAUGGUUCUAAAAUGGAUACCAUCUGGAAAGAGUUGGCACCAUUUAAACUGGAUGUUGAAAAGUUGGAGCAUUUGUUCGAAACCAGAACUACAGAGAUGAAACCUAAGAAAGUUGAUACUUCUGGUAAAAAGGAAAUCACAGUUUUAGAUCCUAAACGAUCCAACGCCAUCAACAUCAGUUUAACAGUAUUACCACCUCCUAGAACCAUCAAGGCAGCCAUCUUGAAAAUGGAUAACUCUAUCAUGAAUAAGGAGAGCAUUGAGAAAAUCUUGAGUAAAUUAUUACCAACUGAAGAAGAGAAACAGUUAAUAUUAGAUGCUCAGAUAGCUAAUCCAGAUAUACCACUUGGUACAGCUGAACAGUUCUUGUUGACCUUAUCAUCUAUUAAUGAACUGUACGCUAGACUUCGUCUCUGGUUAUUUAAACUUGAAUAUGAACAGUUAGAACAGGAAGUAUCAGAGCCUUUGAUGGAUUUAAAGAAAGGAAUAGAAGAAUUAUUGGUUAAUAAAACAUUUAAAUAUAUUGUAUCAGCUUUACUUGGUAUUGGUAACUUUUUAAAUCAAAGUCAGGCUAGAGGUUUCAGUUUAGAAUUCUUAACCAAAGUGCCAGAAGUUAAAGACACAGUUCAUAAACAUUCAUUAUUACAUCAUCUAUGUAUUAUGAUAUUAGAACAAUUUCCAGGAACCAGUGAUUUAUACUCAGAGAUUGGUCCUAUUACCAGAUGUUCUAGGGUUGAUUGGGAGGAAUUGGAAGUGAAAUUAACAAAAAUGGAGAGAGAUUGUAAAGCAUCAUGGGAUUAUUUACGUGCUAUUGUAAAACAUGAUGGUGCUUCUUCAGAAUUCAAGGGAAAAAUGUUAGUGUUUUUAGCUGAUGCUGCUGAAAGAAUCAUGAUUUUACAAAUCAUUUAUAAACGGGUCAUUAAUAGAUACCACAAACUACUGUUGUUUAUGGGGUUACCUGUGUAUGCUGCUAGGGAACAGAGAAUUAACUCAUUCUGUAAAAUAAUCAGUGAAUUUGCUCUAGAAUAUCGUACAACUAGAGAUAAAGUCAUACAACAACAGUUAAAGAAAGCUAAUCAGAGAGAACGAAAGAAGACAAGGGGUAAAAUGAUCAGUGAGACUGAGAAUUUCUCUAAAUCAAAGGACGGUAAGAAUGAUGAUGCAUUAAAAGCAGUAUUAAAGAAUGGUUAUGCUAGUUGUGAUGAAAGAGGUUUGCCUGGUCAGAGAAUACGAAGAAAACAUGAUGCCAAGAAUUUGGGUGCCUCUAAGUCAAGUUUAACGACUGAUUCAGAGAUGUAUGAUACUGGUGAGGAUGAACUAUUGGAAGCUUGUGUUCGUACAGCUACUGGUCAAACAGGUCGAGCACCAAGAGAAAGACGACGAUCUCGCAGUAAUCGUAAAUCCUUACGUAGAACAUUAAAAGGUGGAUUGACUGUUGCUGAAGCCAGUGUGGUUGCUAGUUAUUAG